AUGGUCGAUUGGUUGCUUUUGGUUGACUGGGUUGUGGAGAGCGUGGGAGAAGGAGUGGAGGAGGUGGUGGUGGGGGACAGGGUGGUUCCGAUGUACCAGCCGAAAUGCGGCUGCGGCGAGUGCGGGGUUUGCCGGUCGAAUGAAAGCAAUUUCUGCACAGGGGUUCCGGCGAGGCUCGUUGGAAUGCCGCGGGACGGCGUCAGCAGGAUCACCGACGGCGGCGGCGCUGCCAUUAAUAACAUGUUCGGCAUCUCGAGCUUCUCGGAAUAUACCGUCGUCGACGUCGCCUCCGUAGUGAAGUUGGAGCCGGGGAUGCCGUCGGAUCGAGCCUGCCUGCUGGGCUGUGGCAUCUCCACUGGGUUGGGAGCGGCAUGGAAAGAAGCCAACGUCGCGGCGGGCUCUGCAGUUGUUAUCUUUGGCCUCGGUGCCGUUGGUUUGGCGGUUUCGGAAGGAGCAAGGUUACGUGGGGCUGCCAAAAUCAUUGGCGUGGAUUUGAACCCAAACAAAUUCGAAAUUGGAAAGAAGUUUGGAAUUACAGAUUUUGUUAACCCAAAGGAGAUCGGAGAGAAAGCUGUGAACGAGGUGAUCAAGGAGAUGACAAAUGGUGGUGCAGAUUAUUCCUUUGAGUGCAUUGGCUUGACAUCAACUAUGAGCGAAGCAUUCUGUAGCUCAAAAAGGGGCGGGGGGAAGACCAUAAUUCUUGGGGCAAACAUGGAGGGAUCAUCAUUUUCCAUAAACUCUAUUGAUAUUAUGUAUGGAAAGUCUAUUAUGGGAUCAAUAUUGGGCGGAACCAAAGUCAAGGUUGAUAUUCCAAUAUAUAUCAAAAAAUAUCUCAAUAAGGAGCUUCAGCUGGAUGAGUUCAUAACGCAUGAAGUAGGGUUUGAUGAAAUAAACAAAGCCUUUGAUCUUCUCAUUAAAGGAGAGAGCCUCAGAUGCAUUAUAUGGAUGGAUAAAUCAGACUAUUAAUUCAAGGGAAUUUAGAUGAAAUAAAAUGAAUUUUCAAUUAA